AUGAUGCGCAGGAAGACGACGUACACGAACAUCACACCCAUUCCCUCCUUCAUUCCACGACAACUGGCAAUCGACAUCCUGCACAGCCACGGCGAAGUUAUCGAGUUGAACCCUCUCGUGACAGGCUUCGAGGCAAUCAAAGCGCCCCGCGAUGCCCCAUCUGAUGAGUUCUACGCGACAUGGUAUGAAAUCUCGCAACGGAUACAAUACAUCCCUGGUAUUGGAAAGCUGGGCAGCGGCGCUAUAAAGUUCAAAGGGUGUUUCCACGAUAUGCCAUGGGGCUUGCAGACACACGUAUACGCCCCUGCCGGCGUUGACCUUCGGAACAAAUGGCAAAUCUGCGGAAAUCAGCCUGGAGAGCCUGCCCAGACUCGGGAACUAGGUAUUGGCGCUCCACCCGAGGGCUUGUACUUGCGGGAGGACAUUGAGAUCAAAUGCAACAUGGCCAUGGUUGGGUUUGUAAGGAAAGAAAACAAGGCCGCUUCAAAGAUCUUAGUCGAUCGUCUUAUCAAGAAAGCUGAGCUGCUCGAUUCUGGUGUUUUGCAAGGCAUGAUGGACAAGGGCAAACUGAAGACGGUCAACCCCGCAGAUCGGUCUGGCAGAGUUCCAACAUCGCCAGGCUUAUCGCCCCAGCACGCAAACAUGCAACCGUACAACAUGCCCUUAUCACCUGCGCGUUCGCCGACGCAGAUGCAUUACCCAAGUCAACAGCAGUUCGUCCCUCCAGGUCAGCUUCUAGGGCAGAACAACACCGUCAUGGAGCUGCCUGGCGACUAUUACCAUGCGCAACCAUCACCGGGCCUCCUACACCCAGGACAUCGUCUGUCGAAUGCAAGCGAAGGAUCAGUCUCACCAAACCUGCCGGACGCACGCUGGUCGCAAGCAUCAAACGAUUAUCAAAGCUCAACAAGUUCACGCCCAAGUUCAUAUGCCGCGUCUGAUAAUCUUCGAUCCCCCGGACUCGACCAGAAAGUUUUCACAGCAGAACUGCCAACAAUGGAAGAAACACGGGAAGAGCAUACCGACCGUCAGAAACGCGAGAGUCACCAAAGCGCGCACGAGCACAAAUACAACUACAAUCCUCAAGAUUACGCACGGCAGGCGCAUUAUGCCAUGCCGCCACAGUACAGCGCUCACAACUCGCAAGGUAAUCAAUAA